UGCAGAUCUACUUACAUCAUGCUGGUCUUUACUGGUUCUCAUGUGUGUAUAAAUACACCACCCCACGCCUUCCCCCCACAUUUCGUUCCGCGAGCAGACCGUCAUUGCGUACACGAGGAAUAUGGCCGUGCAAGCGCAGCAUCUCUCCAACAGUACUUUCUCGCCGGACUUCCGCAGCUGGGCCGGGAACGAUGUUAUGGAAGAACUCCAUCUGGUGCAGGACCAGCGCAAGAUGCUUGGGGUAUACACCGGCCGUCCUGGCGGCGUCAACGAUGGCACGGUGUUCAGCGACCCCAAUAGCGAGCUAUCUUGCAAUGCUUCCGGGCCGAGGAAGCGGCCGCGGGAGGCCGAGCUGCUCGUGGCGCUGCAGCAACCCUCCCAGGAUUACAAGCUUAACCUCGAGUCGCGGCUCCGCUACCCCAACCUCAUGAACAGGCUGGUUCCGUUGAGCUCGAUCGCCGCCAACGUCACCCCCUCCGGCUGUCAGCACAGCCGCUUGGUCGAGUCGGGCGGUACCUCCACCAGUGGCCGUCCCGUUUCCCUUCUCACUCAAGACCUUGUAUCCCAUCUCUUAACCCAGAAGAUCGAGAUCGACGCCCUCGUUCGUCUUCAGAGCGAGCGACUGCGGGGUGGAUUGAACGAGGCGUGGAGGAGUCGUUGUUGGACGCUGCUGCAGAGGGGGGAGCAACAUGCUGCCAAGCGGCUGAGGGAGAAGGACGUCGAACUGGAGAAAGCGCUGCGGAGGAACUCGGAGCUAGAGGAGAGGAUACGGCAGGUGAGUGCAGAGAUCCAGAUGUGGAGCAGCGUCGCCAAGAACCACGAGACGGUCGCUGCCAACCUGCAGGCCAGCCUCGAGCAGGUCCUCCGGGAAGCCGCCGCUGCCCCCGACCCCCAGGAGGGCUACGGUGACACCGACGAUGAUGCCCACUCAGGCUCUUUCGCGGAUGCUCCGGCGCCUCUGGAGGUGGAUGCUCGCCGGCGUCGGAAGGGGACCUGCCAGGCGUGCGGGCAUGGGAAGGCUUGCGUUCUGCUGCUCCCCUGUAGGCACCUUUGCUUAUGCAAGGUCUGCGAGUCGACGGUCGACGCGUGUCCUGUGUGCCACUCCGCUAUGAACUGCUUCAUCCGAGUAUUUAUAUCGUAAACAUAUCACAGCAACCGAUUCGUUCUUUUCGGUUCCGCUUCUUUCUUCCUUAACGGAUGUUGUUAUCUUAGCGCAUCGUUUCCUCACCGUCAAUAGGCGGAUUGAUUUGCUGUCAAAAUAUUUCACUUCUUUUAAAGCACUCACUUGGUGCUGUUGAUUUAUGAUUUUCUAACUUUAA